GACCUCCUCGCGAGCGACGUCUUCACCCAGGCGCGCUUCUUUCGUGUCGUACCUAACUUCAUGGUCCAGUUCGGAAUCCCUGCCGACCCGAAGGUGGCCAAGGUCUGGCGGUCGAAGCAGAUCCCGGACGACGCACACCAGCAGAGCAACCUGCGGCGCACGAUGACCUUCGCGACGGCGGGGCCGAACACGCGCACGUCCCAGCUCUUCAUCAACUUCAAGGACAACGUCUUCCUCGAUCGCCAGGGCUUCACCCCCUUCGGGCUCGUCGUGGAUGGCAUGGACGUCGUCGACAGAAUCCAGAGCAAGUACCGGGAGCAGCCCAACCAGGGCGAGAUCCAGGAGAGGAGGCGGGGGGUCGGACUUGACGGGCAAGGAGAGAGGAAGCCAGGAGGGGAGGGAGGCACGGGGGAGCAAGAGCAGGAGGAGGGCAAGGAGGAGGACGGGGCGCCGCCCAGCCGGACCGUGCCCCAGCAGACGCGGCGAGGCGCAACGAGGAGGAAUGACGACACGGAGAGGCGGGAGCAGCAAGAGCAGGACGGAGGGGAGCCGUGGGUAGCAGGGGGAGGAGGACGGAGGAGGCGGAGGCGGAGGAGGAAGAGGAGGACGAGGAGGAGGAGGAGGAUGAGGAGGCGGAGGAGCCAGCGAUCGUUGCCUCGCCGCUUUCUCUCUGCUGCCGCUUCUCGUCUCACACGCCGAUUGGGACUCAGACUCAUCCCCUGA